AUGGAUUCUUCUUCGUUUGUUGAUGUAUCUGGAAACGAUUCCAAUAAUGAUACAAGCAGUAAGGGAAGCCGUGUGAGCCAAGAGGAUGAGUGGCUGGAUGUCGAUGUCGUUACCAGUUCAACCACCAACGAAGAGCGCCUCCGCAAUCAAGUCAAAGCCCUUCAGCGUGCUUUGGAUGAGAAGAACUUGGAACUCAUGGAAAGCAACGUCCGAGUUGAUGUUCUCAAGGGUCAUAAAAUUCUUUUGGAGAAUGCCAAAUCAGGUCUCCAAGAUGAACUCUCAGGCCAAACGAAACAAAUUUCUUCUUUACGGGAGGACUUGAGCUCAUCAAAUUCUCAGGUGAUGGAAUUGGAAGAGAAGUUGAUUGUAUCAGAAAAUUUGGUCCAAGCGACCAAGGCAGAGCUUCAGUCCCACCAAGUAAGAACCGCGGAAAUGGAGCUUCAAAUGAAACAGCUCCAAGAGCUUCAUGAGGAAGAAGCAAGGGCAGCAUCAGUGAAAUUGCAUGACGUUAGCAAGCUUGUCGAACAACUGAAGGCUAAUUUGUUGGCCCAGGAAGAAGGUAUUACGAGCCGAGAUGCGUCUUUGGUCAAGUUCCAAGAAGACAUGAAAUCCUCUCAGAAGCAACAGGCAACGCUUCAGAGUAGCAUCGUAGCAUUCCAGCAAGAAAAGGACAUGCUACAAAGCCAAGUAUUGCGAUUGACAGGUGAUGCCAGGUCUAUUGCAGUUGUCGCUGAGAAUCUUCGAGUCGAGAAACAAACGCUGGAGCGAAAAAUACAGCACCAUCAGGAGAAGCUGCAGCAGUCGCAGCACAGGGUCCAGGGACUGGAAGACGCAAUGGCCAAUAUGCAAGAAACUAUUCAACAGAAGGAAGAAGAAAACCAACAGCAGCAGCAUUAUCAACAACAACAGCAAGAGGAAGAAGUCAAGAAUCUAUCGACUGCCUUCUCUUCCAUAGCUCGUGAAUUGGAAGAUUCCAAGGAUGCGGUGACACAACUUGCUGGUGAAGUGAUGGCAGCUCGCGCCGAAGCAGAUCAUACAAACGAGGCACUUGAAGAGUUGAAACAAAAGCACGAACAAUAUGUGGCGGAACAAAACCAUCUUCACGACGAAUAUGUAGAGCGAGAAGAACUCUUGCGUCUUGAAUUGACACAGAUUCAGAGUGCCAACGAAGAACGCUUGGAAGAACUCCGUCAAAUUUUGGGUUUACGUUUCCGUGACAUCGUGGUACGAUCCAAGAAGGGUCGCUCUCCGGCAGUAGGCACUUCUCCCUCCACGGUAAAAAUUGCUCCCAAAAAGGCGCAAAAAUCUGGAAACUACAUUCCACCUGUUCCUAUUCUUCGCACCGUCAUGGGUCUUGUAUGA